CCGACGGCAGCGGCCUCCGGGGCUGGGGUCCGUCUCGGCGGCAGCGGCGGAAGUCUCGCGAGGGAGCGCGGCCGGGAUUUGGCGGUGCUGCCUCCCUCCCUCCUCCCUCCCUGCCUGUCGCUGGCUGCGAGGCGCUGGUGUUUGUGUGGAAGGGGGAGGAGGAGGAGAAGGAGGGCAGGCGAAAGGAGCCCGAGCCCCACCAUCCGCCGAGGGGAGCGGACCGGAGCCCCCUCGCCGCCCGCGGAGCUCUCUCUCCCCUCCCUCGCCCCGCCAUGGCCUCGGGAGACACCCUGUACAUCGCCACGGACGGCUCGGAGAUGCCGGCCGAGAUCGUGGAGCUGCACGAGAUCGAGGUGGAGACCAUCCCGGUGGAAACGAUCGAGACCACCGUAGUGGGCGGCGAGGAGGACGAGGAGGAGGAAGAGGAGGACGAGUGCUGCGAGGAGUGCGGCCCGCACCACCCGCCCCAUCACUACCACCACCACCAGCCCAUGAUCGCGCUGCAGCCGCUGGUGUCGGACGGGGACCCCAGCGGGGCGGGCGGCGGCGCGGCCGGCGGCGGCGGGGGGCAGCUCCACCUGCACCACCACCACCAGGAGGUGAUCCUGGUGCAGACCCGCGAGGAGGUGGUGGGGGGAGACGACUCGGACGGACUGCGGGCCGACGACGGGUUCGAGGACCAGAUCCUCAUCCCGGUGCCGGCCCCCGCCGGGGAGGACGAGUACAUAGAGCAGACCCUGGUCACUGUGGCCGCCGCCGGCAGCAAGAGCGGAGGCGGCGGCUCCUCCUCGGCCGGUGGAGGAGGCCGCGUUAAGAAGGGCGGCAGCGGCAAGAAGAGCAGCAAGAAGAGUUACCUGAGCGGGGGAGGCGGCGGCGGGGCCGAGGGCGGCGGCGGCAGGAAAUGGGAGCAGAAGCAGGUGCAGAUCAAGACCCUGGAAGGGGAGUUCUCGGUCACCAUGUGGGCCUCGGAUGAUAAAAAGGAUAUUGACCAUGAAACGGUGGUGGAAGAGCAGAUCAUUGGAGAGAAUUCUCCUCCAGAUUACUCAGAGUACAUGACAGGGAAGAAACUUCCUCCUGGUGGAAUACCUGGCAUUGACCUCUCAGACCCCAAGCAACUGGCUGAAUUUGCUAGAAUGAAACCAAGAAAAAUUAAAGAAGAUGAUGCUCCACGAACGAUAGCUUGUCCUCACAAAGGCUGCACAAAGAUGUUCAGGGACAACUCUGCCAUGAGGAAGCAUCUGCACACUCACGGCCCUCGAGUACACGUGUGUGCAGAAUGUGGCAAGGCCUUUGUGGAGAGCUCGAAACUAAAGCGGCAUCAGCUAGUUCACACCGGAGAGAAACCCUUUCAGUGUACGUUUGAAGGAUGUGGAAAACGUUUUUCACUGGACUUCAAUUUACGCACACACGUGCGAAUUCACACUGGCGACAGGCCCUACGUUUGCCCGUUUGACGGCUGCAAUAAGAAGUUUGCGCAAUCAACCAACCUGAAAUCUCACAUCUUAACACAUGCUAAGGCCAAAAACAACCAGUGAAGGUUGAGGAGAACAUUCUUGAACUCAAAGCAUCUUACAGGAAAAUCAAUUGGAAAGAAAUACGCUUCCCCAUUUGUAUAUUGUUUCUAGGAAAGAAUUUUAAAAAAAGAACCCUACAAACCUAAAGGACGUGUUUUGAUAAGUAGUAAAUAAAAAGCAAAAAAAAAAAAAAAAAAAAAACACGCAGAAAACUUUAAGGUGACAUUGCUAAGAUGUUCCACCUUGGUCUGUAACCCCGUUUCAAGAACACGGUGUUUUGUAAAGUGUGGCCCCAACCGGACGGGUCAGCUCAUGAACUUGCAUCAGAAAAGACAAUUCUUUAUACAACAGUGCUAAAAUUGGACUUCUUUUCACGUUCUUAUAAAUAUGAAGCUCACCUGUUGCUUACAAUUUUUUUUAAUUUUGUAUUUUCCAAGUGUGCAUAUUGUACACUUUUUGGGGAUAUGCGUAGUAAUGCUAUGUGUGAUUUUCUGGAGGUUGAUAACUUGCUUGCGGUAGAUUUUCUUUAAAAGAAUGGGCAGUUACAUGCAUACUUCAAAAGUAUUUUCCUGUAAAGAAAAAAAAAAAGUUAUAUAGGUUUUGUUUGCUAUCUUAAUUUUGGUUGUAUUCUUUGAUGUUAACACAUUUUGUAUAAUUGUAUCGUAUAGCUGUAAUGAAAUCAUGUAGUAUCAAAUAUUAGAUGUGAUUUAAUAGUGUUAAUCAAUUUAAACCCAUUUUAGUCACUUUUUUUGGAGAAAUACUGCCAGAUGCCGAUGUUCAGUGUAAUUUCUUUGCCUGUUCAGUUACGGAAAGUGGUGCUCAGUUGUAGAAUGUAUUGUACAGGCACUGACCGUUUAUUAACACCUGAUAAUAUGUAUAUCCCCCAUGUAAUAGAAAGGACAACAAUAAAACAGUGGUCCUAAAGAAAGAAUCUGGCAGAAAAUUAUCUGUAAGCGCAGUCAAUUUUCUUUUGUUGUCCAGAGCAGUUCUAGUUCCUCUUGACCUCCCAGAAAUUGGAAGCUAAAUAAACUCAAGUUUCCUUUAUGUUGCAUUCAGUUACAGUGAUUUGUGAUGCAGUUAAGUGAAUGCCACAUCAGGUGGUAUUUCUAAACAGAAUUGCUGACU